AUGGGGGAAGAGGAGAAUUUACGUAGAAACUCAUUAAGGAGCUCCGUACGGCCAUCGGUAGUGGCAAUAUUAGAUCUCCCCGAGUCAAAUGAAUGCAGGUCGGUGUCUAGAAAAGCGACGGAAAAUGCACGGGCCUCACAUUUAGAGAAGGCGAAGGGAAGCACCGAUGACGCUGACGGUUACAGGAGCUCUGCAGAGCUUACUCCCGCUCAGAAGCACAGUGAUGGGAACCACAGUUUUACCACCGUUCCAAUGUGGGAACGCAGAACUAGUGGUGUUGGAAAUGGAAGUAGUGAUUUACAUACCGAUGCAUGCGACAACAGUAACGCGCUAGUUGGCUUCCCUACAGCGGAGGGUGGAGGGGGUCCUGGUAGUGGUCGCCAUAUCGACAAAAUAAGAAGCAUAGUCGAGAGUACGAGUAGUAGUAAUGUUCAGAGGGAGCUUUCACGCACGAAUGAUACAAUCGGUAAGCGCAGAGUCUCCGGUAGUACCCAGUGUUCGGCUUGCAGUGACAAUGACGAAAAUAAUGCACCGACGGAAACUCCCGUGUGGCGUUGGAUGGACGACGUUCACUGGCCGAGCUUAGAUGGAGAAAGAGAAUCUUGCAGCGUGACGCAAUCUCCUGUGACCGCAAGAAGACCGGCACAUGCAGAGCAAUCUGCCGAUAACCACCCUCUUCCACGUGAUGGCAGCAUGAGCCGGUCUUCUUACAACGAUGCCCACUCAGGGUUUACACCCUCCGAUGAAGCGGAGACGGAACAUUGCAGUUGUAGAAUUAGUGGAAACUCCACAGUAGCCAGUAGAGUGUUGGGUCGGGUGCCAGGGGAAGGAGGCCGCUGUAUCAACUUAUUACAGCGCCGACGCCGGGUGGCAAAUGGUUUCUCUACGGCGAGGGCAACGGGUCUGUUCGGCACGGGCGGUGGUAGCCAAACCUCCGUCUCACCAGCUGAGGGAUUCACAGCUACUUUAAGUGGCGGUCACUCAUCUAUCGGCGGUCAUCAUCUGGCGUUUCAGCACAACGGUGUGUUCAUGAAGGAAAGUUGCUCCCGUCGUGAGGAGAGUUUUUACGAAAUGUUGAAGCCAGUGCAGGAGUACGUUGAGCGAUAUGCAGUUUUCUUUGCUGCCCUGUACGCCUCAGAGGAAGCGGCAUAUUGUAGGGACAAAAUGGGGGAUGUAGAUGACAAGGUUGUUGUGGAGGGGAAUGCUACGACAGAGGAGGACACAAAGGCACCACUCACCCCUGGUGUCUGUGAGGAUGAGUUUGUAGCGGAGUGCGAUGCUUCCGGCGAUGACGGCGACCCCGAUUCGAGCAAUACGUUAGUGGGACCCCCUCGUGACUGGAAAGCUGGUGGGCACGGUGCGUCAGGAACGUAUGGAGUUGCCGGCGAUUGUGCAGAGGACAUCGGGGAGGGCAAUGGCGAGGAGGCUGUUGGUGGCGAAGGCGGAUUUCCCAUUUCUCACGAUAUGUCUUCGAGUACAGAGGGUCACCUCUUCUCCCGUGAUGUGAAGAAUUGGGAGUUCCUGGUGAGGUUAGCGCCAUUUGUACCACGGUACCACGGCCUAUAUCAUGUGAGGGUCAAUCCUACCGGUGAUGUUGAUUCCGUACGCGCUGAAGCGGUAGAGAGCGCCCAGGAAUGCGCAUUAACCAGUAGCGCGCCCCGUGAAACUACCGAAAACCGCUCGGGAGAGGGCGAAAAGAUUGCCGGUGUUGGGCUCAGACAGAUGAUUGUGCUCGAAGACAUAUGUAGCGGUUUUCAACAUCCGUGCGUUCUUGAUUUAAAGAUGGGCAAGCGGCAGUACGGUCUUAACCCGCCAGAAGCUAAGUUACGAAGUAAGGAGCACAAAGCGGCGCAGACAACAACCAAACUUUACGGAGUUCGGCUUGCAGGGAUGCGGCGGUGGUGUCCCGACAAGCAGCGAUAUGAAACGCGCUCUAAGCUUGCUGGGCGUCUCUUGUCAUUGGAUGGGCUUCGGGACACGAUUUACCGUUUCAUGCAACGCAGUAGUCGCAUUCAACAAGUUUUCAAACGGCAGAUCAUGAGACUUCGCCGUGCAUUCUUUCAGGAUCAUGUGUACCGUUUCUUUACCUCUUCCUUGUUAUUUGUGUACGAUGCCGACGACCCGUUGACGUCGGCACGUGUUGUUAUGGUUGAUUUCGCCUUCACAUACGAACGUGAGGAGCUGCUACGAGGUGGCGAUGCAGACGCGGAACAGGAUAAGGACGUGGGAUAUAUUGAGGCCCUGAAAACUGUACUUGACAUGCUCACAUAA